UUCCAACCCAUCUUCCUUACCUUCGUACUGUAUAUGUGAUUUUGUUUUUUAUCGAUUUAACAAUAAAUCUUCGUUCUACCAGAAACAUGUGUGCCAAAUUACUGCGAAAUGUUGAAAUAAAAGCGCGUCUCACUGGCAAGGAGCAAUGGCAACAACUCAUUGAACUUGCAAGUAAUUUAACGAAGAGCAAGGGUGAAAUUAUCCUGCAGCGCGACAUCUUCUUCCAUUCGAAGCAAGGACGUCUUAAGCUCCGCUAUUUGCUGCACAAGAAAUCCGAGUUAAUCUACUACGACAGACCGGAUGUUGGAGGGCCAAAGUUAAGUUCAUUUCACAAAGUUGACCUUGAGGAUCCGGAAACGAUGGAACAGAUGCUCGACAAGUCUAUUGGCACAAAGGGAAAGGUUCAGAAAGAGCGUUACUUGUUCUUGCACGAAGGAACUCGCAUUCAUCUGGACAAUGUCGAUGGUUUGGGAUACUUUUUGGAGUUUGAGGCAGUCUUGAAGCCAGAUGAAAGUGUUGAGAGCGGCGAGAAACGACUCCAUGACUUAUUGCAGGUCUUUAACAUUCCAAAGGAAAAUCUCAUGGAGGGCGCUUACAUGGAUGAGUUAAUGAAAAAUGAUUAGAAAAGUGUAAAAGUUACAAAAUGAAAAUGGUUUCCCUACGUACUUAACGUACAUUUAACUAACAUUGCCAAGUUUUUUUUUUCUAAGAGUCAAUUCUUGUUAAAAAUAAAGAAGAAGAAGCCUCUUCUUGUUUGAUAAAAAGUA